AUGUCUCCAUCAAUGAAAUCAAAAUCCAAGUCCAAGGUGGCUAAGGCUGCUAAGGAACAACAAAAGACCUCUCCAAAGACUUCUGGAUCUACUAAUGAGGAAAGCGGCGUUCUCACUAAUGCAGGCGAUCCUAUCUUGGAAACAGUUCAAACUCUCAAGUCAUCUUUGGUUGAUUCUUCUGCCGUAGCUAAUGACAACAACCAAUUCUCAAAAGUAAACGAUGCAGAUGAUCAUUCUAGUAGUCCUCAAGGAACGGUGUCUGAGUACGAUUCAGUUUCUAAUAACGGAAGCUGUUCUGGUGAAUCGGAAGACAUUAAAGAGAAAGCUGCAAACUCUACUAUGCGGUUGGAUAUUAUACCUGGUUGUGAUAACGACAGAAGAGAUAAGAUCCGACUGAAGAACGAGAGAAAGCACCAGAGGCAGAGGGAAAGGAGAGCUCAUGAGUUGCAUGACCGAUGCGGCGCAUAUCUAAUGUCGAGGAAGCUAGAUAACCUUGUGCAGAAGUUAGUGGCGAUGGGUUUCUCUUCGGAGCGGGCAACAUUGGCUUUGAAGUUAAAUGAUGGAAAAUUAGAAGAAUCAAUAUCUUGGCUGUUUGAAGGAAGCGAAGCAAAAGAUACUACCAACCGUGUAAGUGAAAGUAAUUUGAAAAUUGACAUAAGUGAAGAGCUUGGACAAAUUUAUAAUAUGGAAGUGAAAUACAAUUGUUCAAAGCAAGAAAUUGAGAGAGUAGUUGUUGCCUGUGAAGGCGAUCUUCAAAAGGCAGAAAAUUCGUUAAAGUCUCAGAAGCAGGAAUCUCCUAUGAACCAGUCAGAAAAUUCUGCUCAAAAUGAUAAUUUGAUGAGAACUCAUGGAUUGCAACCAGCUUUAGCUUCGAUACAGCAGAGAGGGAAUGAAAGUGAUUUCAACUAUUACAAUGUUGGUGGUGCUGAUUCCAUGUUCCAAGAUCUUGAAAAUAGGAAUCCACAGUCUUCACACAUGAAUCAUCAAAAUGAAUUGACACAGAAAAGAUGGGGUGUAAAUGUUACAGCAUCAAAUCCUUCUAAUGUGUUACCUAUGUCUCAAUCCAUGCAAGCAAUGUCGCCAUUUGUUAAAAUGGAGGCACAGCCAAGUGCCUAUAGGAACGAAGGAAGAAUGAUUCAUCAAGGAGUAGGAAGGGAGCCGGUAGUCAUGAUGCAGCAUUCCCAAUUUGCCGAUGCCAAACAGAAUUAUCUAAAUUCUAUGAAUUCCAUGUCUUCAGGAACAUCUGGUUGGUAUGUAAAUGGUGCUCCGGCGUACGAAAAUACAAGGUCGAACGGGAAUUUACUACUACAGAAUCAUGGCAUGGGAACUGUCGGUGCAGAUCGCUUGCAGCAACUAUGUCAAGCUCCUUAUAAAGAGUAUUCCCAUGUAUUGGGACCGUUAGACUCCUCUAUCUCAUCAGGUGGAAUGGGAGGUUUUUAUAAACCAAUGGUUGCAUCAUCACCUUCACCCACAAUGCCUUCCCACUCUCAACAUAACGGUUCGUGGAACACCGCCGCAUCUUCACCUGCACUUACAGUUCCACCUUCCCUUGGAUUAUUCUGUGGUCAUCAGAAUCCAUCAGCCAGAGCAUUCAACUCACAUUCACACGUGGAUUGGAAUACCGGGGGCUUGGUGCAAGAGUUCGACUACAACAAUAUAGAUUGGAGUUUGGAUUGCCCAUCAUCAUCCCGAUCAGGUGACGUUUGGCUAGGACUCUCAUCGCUAUUGAGAAACAACACCACUGGCAAUAGGAUGCCCAGUUCUUACAUGGCUGGAUCGCGAAAUGUUGGCACGGCCAGGGAAACUUCGUCGUCUGCUGGCUUGCGAGAUUGGACCUCACCUUUUGCUGGAAAGGACAUAUUCAGUGUUCCAAGGAAAUUUGUUACUUUUCCUCCUAUGUAG